UGGCCGGCUUGCCUACGCAUGAGCACUGGGGCGCUCCGCGGACUCCGGCGCCGCUGGGUCCUUUAGUCUGUCCGCUUACAAUGGCGAGUGCAGUCUCGCCCGCGGGUGUACUGGGGUUGCUACUUGCGUCUGCGCUUCCUGGGGUCCUCGGAGACGGCCCCAGCCCCGACCGCCGGGCAUACCCAGGGGACCGCACCCAGGUGGGCCCUAGGGCCAUAGAACACUGGCAGCGGCCGCCACCAAAGGUCCAGCAGGAGCAGGCCCGGGCGUUGCCUUUGGGGGCGCUGUACACCGCGGCAGUCGUGGCUUUUGUGCUAUAUAAAUGCUUGCAGCAGAGGAAAGAUGAGGCUGCUGUUCUCCAAGAGGAGGCAGACAAGAAGGAAUCAUUGCAGUCAGAGCAACAGCUGGCCCAGUUGACAAAACAGCUGGCCCAGACAGAACAACACCUGAACAUUCUAAUGGCCCAGCUGGACCCCCUUUUUGAGCGUGUGACUACCCUGGCUGGAGCACAGCAGGAACUUCUAAACAUGAAGUUACAUACCAUCCACCAGCUGCUACAAAAGAACAAGCUAAACAAGGGUGUGGAGGUUCCUGAAUCAGGUAACAGGCUGGGGUUGAGUCUGGUGGAGGUAGAGACAAUGUAUCUGAAACUGCAACAUGCCUGUCUUCCCCUCACAGAAGCCAGCAUACCCUUUCCUGAGGACUUAUGUAUAGAGGAAGACGAGGAGGCUGGUGACAGUCAGGCCUGGGAAGAGCCCCUAAACUGGAGCACAGAGACAAGGGACCUAGCUACUCCUUGGGGAAUGGAGCAGGGGCUAAGGAGAAGAUGCAGCAAGCCUGCUGCAAAGGGCCCCUGUCACAGUCCCCUCUGCGAAGGAGGGACAACGGCUGAAGGUUUAGUAAAACAAAGUCUGUUCUUGUGACUGGAUGCUCCUGUGUGC